GAAAUGUCGCAAGCUGUGCCAGAUAUUUUAAAACAAAGGUUUAUUGAAUUAGAUGGAACCUCACAAUCUUUAAUUCCCUGUACUAACAAUGACAAACAUUCCCAUACAAAAUUUGCUAGUGGAGGGUUUCUGCUUUGGAAAGGCGUUGAGAGUGGAUAUUUUUACGUUGUUGAAGUUUCAUCGCCUGGUUCUAUUCUCAUUUUUGAUGGACGCAAUAACAAAGCAGAACCGAUAUUAGAACAUAAAUUUGGCAGAACGGCCAUUAUUAUUGACGUUGUUUAUUUUCCGGCUGCCAGUGAUCGGCCGGGAGUUCUUGUCGCCGUUGCUGACCGUUCUAUGGAAAAAGGUGACUAUGUGGCUUAUAUUUCUCUACGUUCGAAGAAGCUCUUGAAUUCUUGUUAUGUGAAUUAUCCAAUCACGAAGCUUUGUUCAAUUGUUGACGGAAUGUCUGCUCGUGAUACAUUGCCUAAACUUUCCAAAAAUCUUAGAACGGAUUGGCCUCAUAUUUUUCUUGUUGGCUGCCGGCUUGGUUACGCUGCUCUGCUUUGUAUGGAUAUAACGAGUGAUGAUCCAGACAUGAUGUUUUUGACUGAAAUUUCUGAAUCUCCUACAAAAGCGGUUCAAACUGUGCAACGACCAUCUAGACCAAAGAAAUAUGUUCACCUUUCAAAGGUUUUUUAUGAUGACCAAAUGUUUGCAUUCCGUUCAGAUGAUGGAACAAAUCGAUGUUAUGCACUUGAUCGCGUUUUUGUUUCUGCUCUUUAUUGGAUUGAAAGAUCUUGUUUGUUGGUUAUUGGAUUUAAUUUUGGUGGUAUAAUGAUUGUUUCUCUGAAAACAUCAAAAGUUUAUUCAUUGUUAUACGCUGACGCGAUGGUUCAACAUUUUGCUCAUCUUGACCCCGAAGAUGAUCCGAGGCCUGUUUAUUAUAUUGGAAAUACUUUGCUUCUUUGCACUGUCAAUUUUCCAAAAGAUGAGAAGGAAACUAACAAUCCGGCUGAAUGGACUUUUCUAGAACCUGUUUUUACGCCUUGUCUGAAGUGGUCUCCUGACAAUUGUAAUCGUUUGCUGACAAUGAGGACUAUCUACAGAUCAAAGCAGCGAUCUACUCAAAAUGGUGUAAAUCAACGUCCACUUUCUUCAUUUUCAAAUUCUUUCUCUGAAACACAAUCUAAAAAUGGUUUUUUAAUUUUUUUUUUGAACAUUUAUUAUUUUAGAUACCUCACUUCUCUUCAUGGCAUGGAUACAAAAGACCAGUCGCGAUGA